AUGAAUCACGAUUUCCUGGAAAUUUCUCCCCCCACGCAGACGAAGGAAGUCGCGGGGAAGCUGUCCUGGGACAUCCACUUCUGGCUCGGCGCCGAGACCUCUCAGGACGAAGCCGGCGCCGCCGCCAUCAAGUCCGUGGAGCUGGACGACCAGCUGGGCGGCGCCCCGGUCCAGCACCGCGAGGUGGAGGGCCACGAGUCCACGCUCUUCCUCGCCUACUUCAAGAGCGGGGUGAAGUACCUCCCGGGGGGAGUGAAGAGCGGGUUCACUCACGUGGAUCCGGAUGCCUUUGAGAAGAGGCUCUUCCAUGUCAAGGGGAGGAGGAAUAUCCGCGUCAAACAGGUGGAGGUGAACGUAGCGGUGAUGAACAAGGGAGACUGCUGGAUCCUGGACGCGGGGAAGGACAUCUACGUCUACUCGGGCUCCGGGAGCCGCCGGACCGAGAGGCUCAAGGCGGUCAUGGUCGCCAACGAGCUCCGCGACGAGGACCACGCCGGCAAGGCGCGCAUUCACAUCAUCGACGAGCACGCGAGCGAGGGAUUGGUGAAUAAGUUCUUCGAGGAACUGGGCGGAGGGAGCCCAGACGACCUGGCCGACGCCAGCGUAGCCGGGGACGACGCCGAGCAUGAGCGACAGGAACACGCUACCGUGGCCCUCCACAAGAUCAGCGACGAGAGCGGCGCCCUGAACGUGGUGAAGAUCGGGGAGAAACCCCUGCGACAGGACAUGCUCGACUCCCAGGUAGAUAUGGAGGUGAUUCCGGGCAGUGCCAAAUCUGGCAACACUGGCAGAGAGGACAUUUACGACCUCUCCCCAUUUGUCAACAACGAAUGCGUCGGCUGGAAGUGCCAACUGGACUGUUUCCUGCUGGACACCGGGUCCGCGGCCGUCUACGUCUGGAUCGGGAAGGGGAGCUCCAAGGCCGAGAAGAUCCACGCCAUGGACCUCGCCUCCAAGUACCUCCAGGAGAAGGGCUAUCCGCUCUGGACCAAGAUAGAACGAGUGGUGGAAGGAACCGAACCGGCCAUCUUCAAGCAGUACUUCAGCCAGUGGAAGGAACCGGCGGACCAGGUCGGCCUGGGACGCAUCUACACCAAAGCACAGAUCGCAGCAACGAUGGCCAGCUCGUCGGAAGCCGCCUUCGACGUCUGCAGCCUCCACGCCGAGAAGCGCCGAAUGCUCGCCAAGAACGCCGGGCAGGCCGUGGGCUUCAUGCCGGACGACGGCUCCGGGAAGGUGGAGGUCUUCCGCGUGGAGAACUUCGAGCUGGCUCCCCUCGAGGAGGAGAAGUACGGCAUGUUCUUCGGCGGAGACUCCUACGUGCUUCGGUACGCGUACGGAAAGGACGGCCGAGAGAACUACAUCGUCUACUUCUGGCAGGGUCGAGAGAGCAGCCAAGACGAAAAGGCCGCAUCGGCGAUCCACGCCGUGAAGCUGGACGACGAGCUAGGCGGGAAGGCCGUGCAAGUCCGGGUCGUGCACGGGCAGGAGCCGGAGCACUUCCUCAGGAUCUUCAAGGGGAAGAUGGUGAUCUUCCUGGGGGGUCACGCGAGCGGAUUCCGGAACCUGAGGGACCACGACACCUACGACGUGGACGGGACGAGACUGUUCCGCGUGAGGGGGCUGUCGGACGUGGACGUGAGGGCGGAGCAGGUCGAGGAGAAGGCCAGUUCCCUGGCUUCGGAUGAUGUCUUCGUCCUCGAAAUUCCCUCUGACACCUUCAUAUGGGUCGGAAAGGGAGCAUCGGAGGAAGAGAAGGAGAUGGCAAAGAACGCGGCCGGGGUCGUGUCUCCGGACCGGGAAAGCCAGGUGAUCGCAGAGGGCGAGGAGCCGGACUCCUUCUGGACCGCGCUGGGGGGCAAGGGGGAAUACAAGACGGACGUGGGGAUCCCGGAGAAGCCGCUGCUCGGGCCGAGGCUCUUCCACUGCAUUCUCCCGGAGAGCGGGAAGCUGAGGGUGGAGGAGGUGGAGGACUUCGGUCAACAGGAUCUCGAGACGGACGACGUGAUGGUGUUGGAUACGGGGGCAGAGGUCUACGUCUGGGUGGGAGAGGGGGCGAGUCCCGAGGAGAGGCAGAAUGGAUUCCAGAUGGCCGAGGAAUACAUCCGAACCGACCCGACGGACCGAGAGAAGGACUCCACGGUGAUCUUCGCCGUGAAGCAAGGCAUGGAGCCUGAGGCCUUCAAGCUUCUCUUCCCAUCCUGGAGUGACAUGUUCUGGAAGGAACAGAAAUCCCUUGAGGAUGUGAAGCAAGAACUGGACGAGAUAAAUGCCACGAUUGAAGAGUGAGUCUUAUGCCCCAAAAGUGAAAUUGCUUUGUAUUUAAUGAUAUUAUGCAUCACUGGAGGCCUUCUUGAUAUUCUCAUUUUAUGUGGAUUUUCAAUGAGUGUUGUGAAUCAAAGUGAGACUUUGUACAUAUCCAUGAUGUUGGUGUUUCCUAAAAUUUCAUUUUAUAUCCUGUAGCUAUUUGAAUAAAAUUUUUGGAAUAGUGUUUA